UUCUCUAAAUGUUAUUUCGUUGAACUGUUUUCAAGCAUCUUGUUGUUAGAUGAUAGCUGUAACAUGUAGAUAGUAAAUAAGAGAAAUCUGAUCAAACAUCUGUUCCUCAUCAACAUGGGAAUAGUGACAGUUUACACAAUUUAGCUUCACACUUUUUUAGACAAAUAUUUGUAACUUUGAGAAAAUGAAAAUUAUCUUCUGAUCAGCGUCAAUUCAUCUCUAUGUUUAUUGGGAACCUCAUUUUGAACUUGCCAAUGUAAAUGAAGAAAUUACUGAUGGCAUUGGAAGAGUAUUUACCAGCUUUUUCAAGUCUUUCAGAGAGUAUUAAUCUGACCUAUUCAAUCAUGCUCAGUCACGUCUUCAUGUGGAGUGGAAAAAUGUAUUUUUAAUUCUACAGUUUAAUGUUGAGGCUUUCUAUGGAUUUAAUACCCUUACCCCCCAACAAAGGUUAGCCCAGUGAUUGAUAUCUCCAGCUUUUUCGCUUUAAAGUGCUAUUUCUAGCAAACCUGAAAUCUCAAUUUCUUGUUUUAGUUGUUAAAAAAUACAAGAGGACUUAGCAGCCAUUUUCUUAUGUUAUGAAAAUCCGCAAUGUGUAUGAAAAAUUUGGUCGUAAAGACAACUUUGAAUUUGCGGAUUUUCGCUAUGUUUUAAAUGGAGUGUAAAUUUGAAAUUUGUAAAAAAUAGGAUUAGUUUUUAUAUCUCCGCUUUGUACCAGAACAUAUAUUUAUGUCCCUGUUUCUGAUUAUAGGUUGAUACAGCUUAAUAACAUUUAUCCAGUCUGCAUUUUUACCCUUUUCUGGACUUAAUAAAUAUUCAAAUUUUAAACCAAAGAAUUAUGUCUGCCAUUUGUAAUUAAGCAAUCCCCCAACUUCAAACCUCGUAUUUAAUAUAUUGAUGAUCAGUAUAAAAUAAUAAACAACUUCAAUUCUCGCCACCACCAUCAGGGAAUUUAAUGUGUUUGCUUCAUAUUUCAGAUAAAAAUGCCUGUACAGUGUACUGCUGAUUGUGGCAAGAAGGCUAUUCUCAAGCGACCUAAGACUGGAGAUGCACUCUGUAAAGAUUGUUUUUACUUUGCUUUCGAAACCGAGAUUCACUUUACCAUUGUAAAAGGGAAACUUUUCAAAAAAGGUGAUUAUGUUGCUAUUGGUGCAUCUGGUGGCAAGGAUUCUACUGUACUAGCCUACAUAAUGAAAACUUUAAAUCAGAAAUAUAAUUAUGGUCUCAAGCUAGUGCUACUUUCAAUAGAUGAGGGAAUAACUGGAUACAGAGAUGAUUCCCUGGAGACUGUAAAGCGGAAUAGAGAUCAGUAUGGAAUCCCUUUAAAGAUUCUCUCCUAUGAUGAUCUUUAUGGUUGGACCAUGGAUAAGAUAGUUUCUCAGGUUGGACUGAAGAACAAUUGCACAUUUUGUGGAGUAUUCAGAAGACAAGCUCUGGACAGAGGAGCUAUGCAGUUAGAGGUAGACAAGAUUGUGACCGGACAUAAUGCAGAUGAUAUCGCCGAGACGGUCAUCAUGAAUAUUCUUAGAGGCGAUAUUGCCAGACUUCAGAGGUGUACUGCAAUAACAACGGGAUCAGAGGGAGCUAUACCCCGUUGCAAGCCGUUCAAAUACACAUACGAGAAGGAAAUAGUAAUGUAUGCAUACUUCAAGAAGUUGGACUAUUUCAGUACGGAGUGUAUUUACAGUCCGAAUGCUUACCGAGGCUAUGCUAGAUCUUACAUUAAGGAAGUGGAGAAAAUUCGUCCAUCUGCCAUUAUUGAUAUUAUUCAUUCUGGAGAACAAUUAAAUGUUAAAGAACAGGUGAAAUCUAGAAUGCCUACGCAAGGGACUUGCAAGGAGUGUGGAUAUAUCUCCAGCCAGGAUAUUUGUAAAGCUUGCGUCAUGCUAGCAGGUUUGAAUAAAGGAUUGCCUCAGCUUGGAAUAGGAAAAUCCAGUAAACAUAAAAAACCACUUCAAAUAAUACUAGAUGAAAAAACAGCCGAAGAAAACGGAACAGUCGUUAAUGCGAGAGAAUUAGCUGGGAAAAUUCUUGGUUCUUACACUGAACCCAUUCCUUCCUAGCUUUAUCUGGAGAAUUCUUAACAAGAUACUUCUGUGAUAAAAUAAACCUUUUACGUUUGAAUUUUUUUCAGAA